AAUUAUGAACAGUUGGAGUCAUGACCAAGCAGGUAUUUCCUGCUACACAGGUAAGACCCUUUAAGUAGCUAUAAAGGAUUUACUGCACACGUACGGUUCAGCUUUUUGGUCUCACCACAGAGAUGAAGGACGCUUCAGCUGCGAGAGAAGUGGUGGACACUCCCAACUAUCCGAGAAAAGCUUUCCUAAAGACAACCUUCAAGUGUCUCCUGCUUCUCAGUCUGCUGACCAUUCCAAUCGGCUUCAUAUUGGUCCCAUUUCCAUCCCCUCUAUCGAGAUAUCAGAUGUACAAGAGAUCUGCUGAUGGACCUGCCAAGUUUCAAAAGGCCCUCCCCCUUCAUCGGAAUGACCCGUUGCGCCUCUCCACUCAGCACAACAUGAUUUAUCCGGGGAACUACCAUUUUAUCCUGGACGACACCGAGCUGUGUAGGUCCAUCCAUCCGUACCUGGUUCUGAUUGUUCCAGUGGCCCCCGGCAACUGGAAAGCCCGCGACGCCAUCCGUAGAACAUGGGGCAACGAGACUCACAUCCAAGGGGAGCUCAUCCAGACAGUCUUCCUCCUGGGCGUACCCAAUAGUGGCAACAUCGAAGUCCUGCAGCGGAACGUACGCACGGAGAACCGGCUGUACCACGACCUGAUCCAGAGCGACUUCAUAGACAGCUACCACAAUCUGACCAUCAAGACCAUGGUGAUUAUGGACUGGCUGGCCUCCCGGUGCCCUAUGGUGCCCUACGCCAUGAAGAUCGACUCAGACAUGUUCCUGAAUGUGGAGAACCUUGUGAGCAUGUUAAAGACCCCCGGCACCCCUUCGACGAUAUACAUUACCGGCAGGCUCAAGAAUGAAAGUCCUGUUGUACGUGAAAAGGACAGCCAGUGGUACGUGUCUGAGGAUAGCUACCGUGAGAACGAGUUUCCAACCUACGCCGUGGGUAUGGGCUACAUCUUCUCCCUUGAUAUGCCCAGAAGGCUUGUGGAGAUCUCUAAAACGGUCACUCCCUUUUACGUGGAAGAUGCCUAUAUUGGAGUGUGCAUGAAAACAUUAGGAAUCGACUUCACUCCGCCCCCAGAACGCAAUCACUUCAGACUCUACAUGUUUGAAUUCAAUCGUUGUCAUUUGGCCGAAUCCAUCUGUGCCAUCCUCAAAACUCCAGCACAACUGGUAGACUACUGGACAUUAUUAAAGGGGCCUGGCCCGGCCUGUUAGGACAUGAACACCUACAUGGUUAUAAUAACUUACAUACAACAAUAAAUAAUCACUUAGUUAAUGCUAAACUAUAUUCUUUGGAUUAAACGUAUGACUUUCCCGGAUGUAUUGGCUAUCAUAAAAUUUAAAAAGUAUAUUUGUGUAUCAAACAUUAUUUUAUUUAUAAAUAUGUAACUUUUAAGUCAGGAGAUGAGCAAGCUGUGGUAUCUUAUCUGCGACAUCUAUCCUUUAACGACUUCUUAACAUUGGGUCAGCCUUGGUUGACGUAGCAUUCGAGAAAUGCAGCCAAUGAACAUUGCAGUCCAGGCAUUGUGACAAUAGAUGUAUUGAUGCAGCGUCAUAGAUGUCUUCCAUGGAUUUCAUGUGACCAUUAUGAACCAUUCUGCCCUGCAAAGGCGAACCGCGGUAUCAGCAUCAACAGCGACACUGAGAAAACUAGUCUUAUCGUUCUUUGGCGUACAACAAAUAGUGUUAUAGUGAUUUUUAUGAACAAUGAUUCAAUGACGAAUUUGAUCAUUGCAUAUUCUAAUUUUUUCGACAUAUGACCCCAAAUGAACAGAUUCUGUACCCUGCCUUUGUAUUAAUAUUAAUGUCGGUUUUAGGCAAUACCAGUGAAAGAGCAAAGUAUAGUAAGUAGUGUUUCAAUUCGGAACCUUUUCCAACAUUAAGAAAGCAUUUUUCAAAUAUGUGUGUAUAUGAUUCAUAAUAUAUAUUUUGGAUGUCUUUAUGUUUAGAUAAUGAGAUUAAAAAUAAAUCAGAAAAACAA